AUGCCGCUAAGAGCGUCUAAAACAGCACACAGCACUUUGGAGCAUCUUGGUUGCUGUAAGUACCCAGUUGUAACUGGUUACUGGUCUCCAGCUCCAGGUAUGAGCAUGCCUUGUGCGGCUUGCAAGCUUCUCCGCAGGCGAUGCACCAAGGACUGCAUCCUACUGCCAUACUUCCCACCAACUGAACCUGACAAAUUCGAAGCCGUGCACCGGGUUUUCGGUGCCAGUAAUUUCUGCAAGAUGUUGCAAGUGAUUCCAAUUGAUAAUAGAGAAGAUGCCGUGACCAGCAUGGUUUAUGAGGCCAAGGCAAGGCUGAGAGACCCUGUAUAUGGGUGCGUGGCCUGCAUCGCAUCUCUGCAAUGUCAAGUUUCCCAGUUGCAGUCGCAGCUAAAUACAGCGCUGUUGGAAGCCAUGACAUUGAGAGCUCAACUGGCCAAGGCCUUAUCGAAGGCGGAUGCCGCCCAAGGCUGUUCAUCAACCGAUAUGGCAGAGACCCACCAAAGUUAUUACCAAUUGCAGCCGGCUGAGUACAGCAAUUAUCAUACUGGUAUCUUCAGUUCGUACCAUUCAGAGUCUUGGUGCCAACUUGAGGAUACUUGUUAACAUCUCUUUCUUUUGAUCAUCUUCUCUUACAAAGCACUUCCAACUCUUUUUCUUCUUCUUCUUCUUCUUCUUCUUCUUCUGUUUUUUCUUUCUCCUUCUUCUUCUUC